AUGAAAGACAAUGAGGGGCUGCUCUUUGUGAAUAAUAUAUUUCCAUCCAAACUACAAUGGCUGCUGCUGGGUUCUUUCAGUGGGAUGCACUCGUAUGAGGAAGCCGUGAAGAGGAUUAAUAGACCCCAUUUUGCCGCCUCUGAUACACGUCAAAUUAUCAAUCGAGCGAUACCACCGAACCCAAAUUACGAGGUCCAAGAAGUGAUUCCAAGGUUUAGAGAAGGCGGGGCGUUCGUGAAGUACAUCCGCAAGGCCGACAUCAAAGACACAGAGAUUGAAGCCUCUAUCACAGAGCAUCUGAGAGAACAUCCUAUCAGGCCCUGGUUCAACCCCUUCCAGGAAGUGAGAGUCUCGCGCGUUAUUGGAAGACCGUGGAUCGAGGAUCUCUACCGCAUCCCGAGCCCGCGUCUCAAAGUUUCCUUCUUUCCCGUCUCUCCCGAAGCAUCGGCGGCAGACCUCAGCAUAGAGACACUGUAUGCCCUUUUCCGAGGAUAUGGUAAAAUCGAGGACAUCGAGAAACAGCCGUCCGACUCCAAAGUCUCUCCGCGAUAUGCCUAUGUGGAAUUCUCCCGACUCAAGUAUGCAGUUACGGCCAAAAACUGUAUGCAUGGAUUCACCCUUCCAGAGCAGGAGGGCGGUGGGAAGUCGGGGACUCGGCUCAAGAUCAAGUAUGAACGGAAGAUCAAACUGUCCAUGAUUAAGGACUGGCUCUUAAGCCACCCAAGAAUCGUCAUUCCCGUUAUUGCUGCCCUGAUCGCUGCCAUCACAGUCACUAUCUUCGAUCCAAUGCGCACUUUCUUCAUUGAAAUGAAGAUCAAGUCAACUGCUCAGGGCGAAGACAACAAUGCGAUCCAGUGGAUUCGCAAACAGGUCAGCAAGGCAAACAUGAUGUAUUUCGGCCAUAAAAGGGCGGAUCCACGCGGCCUAACAGCCAUCUGGGAGGACCGCCAGGACGAUAUCACCCGACUGCAAUCCUGGUUGAUGGAGAACGUAGAGACCUUUAUCGUCGUGCAUGGGCCCCGUGGCUCGGGCAAGCGGGAACUGGUGCUCAAUCGGGCACUAAUUGACCACAAAUACAAGAUAGUGAUCGACUGUAAGCAGAUUCAAGACGCCAGGGGCGAUACUGCAAAGAUCGCGAGGGCAGCCAGUCAGGUUGGCUAUCGACCAUUAUUCUCAUGGAUGAACAGCAUCAGCAGCUUCAUCGAUCUUGCUGCGCAGGGUAUGAUCGGGACCAAAGCAGGAUUUUCUGAAACUUUGGAUGCUCAGCUCAGCAACAUCUGGCAGAAUACAGCCACUGCUCUGAAAAAGGUUGCCCUAGAGAACCGGAGGAAAAAUGACAAGGACUCCCAUCUGACCGACGAGGAAUAUCUCGAGGCCUAUCCCGAACUUCGCCCAGUCGUGGUGAUUGACAAUUACUUGCAUAACGCAUCUGAAAAUAGCGUCGUGUACGAUAAGAUCACCGAGUGGGCUGCCGGGCUGACAGCUGGAAAUAUCGCGCACGUCAUAUUCCUCACGACUGAUGUCUCUUUCGCCAAACCUUUGAGCAAAGCUCUGCCGAACUCCGUGUUCCGGACAAUAGCUCUAGGCGAAUGCUCCCUUGAUGUCGGUAGGAAGUUCGUGAUGAAUCAUCUCAACUAUGAGGCAAGGGAUGGGAAGGCCCACCCACAACAUCCUGAAGAUUUAGAGGGUCUGGACGACUGCAUCCAGAUAUUGGGAGGCCGAGUAACAGAUCUUGAAUUCAUGGCUCACCGUGUUCAGGCAGGAGAGACACCACGAGGUGCCGUCAAUCGCAUUGUCGAACAGUCGGUCUCGGAGGUCCUCAAGAUGUUCUUAUUGACCCCCGAGACUAUGGAGCAGCAGUGGACCCACGAACAAGCCUGGUUCCUGAUCAAGAAACUUGCAAAGUCUAAAGAUGGAGAACUGUCGUAUAACGAGAUUGUCAUCUCAGAUCUCUUUAAGGACAAUGGCGAGAUCACUCUCCGCGCUCUCGAGCAUGCCGAGCUCAUUUCUAUCACCUCCGCCAAUGGCUGCCCCCGAAUCAUUCGGCCAGGACGCCCUGUUCUUCUAGCAGCGUUCAAGAAAUUACUUGACCACAAGCCAUUGAGCAGCCGCAUGGAUCUUACAAUUAUUGCUCAGAUGAUCAACAAGGAGAAUAAGAGCAUUGGAAAGUAUGAGGAGGAGCUCAGCCGGCUAGGCUCCCUUCCCAAGCAGCCUCGGGAACUGACAACCAGGAUUCAAUGGCUGCUCGACAAAGUGUACAGUUCGCAGAACAAGAUUGCCAAGUAUGAGAAGGAAAGCGCAUUCCUACAAAAGGUACUGCAGAACGAGCAUUGA